AUGGGAAAUACGGAGAGCAAUGUGACCAGUGGCGUCAAGAAGCAGGCGGGAGUUUCCACGCAGGCACUCUACAAAUUUGUGAAUCUCAAGGGCGGCGGUCUGCUGGUGGACAUGAUGAAACGCGCUUGUCAGACCAAACAGUUUGCCGAGAUUGAUCAUGCAAUCAAAACGAAAGUGGAACCUUUUCUAUAUAACAAAGGCGCAGGUCGAUAUUUUCCCAUAUCCAAGUUGGUGCUGCUGCGUAAUCGCGACAGGCCACGCACACGGCAAUUGCCAGAGAUACGUGCGCUAGAGAAUCCCGAUGAUGAUUUCAAUAUACACGACUACUGUCCCGAGGUGUCCGAGGCGGAGUAUAUAUCCAAUCCCACAGCAUAUCGCUUUGUCUGCUGGGAUUUGAAUAUGCGCGGCGCUGUGGGCGAAACUAUUUUGCAUCUUUGUCUAUUGAAUGCUACAUCCUUGCAUGCUGAUCUGGCCAAGCGUUUGCUCAAGUUCUAUCCCAAGCUUAUACUGGAUAUUUAUAUGAGCGAUGAGUAUUAUGGCGAAAGCGUGCUGCAUAUAGCCAUUGUCAAUGAGGAUCCAGCUAUGGUUAAGUAUUUGUUAGAUGCUAAUGCGGAUGUGCAGGAGCGCUGCUGCGGCGCUUUUAUGUCUGCGGAGGAUACCAAAGCUUCGCGCACGGAUUCACCAGAUCAUGAGUAUGUAGCGCUAACGCCCAUGACCAACUAUGAUGGCUAUGUCUACUGGGGCGAGUAUCCUUUAAGCUUUGCUGCCUGUUUGUCACAAGAAGAAUGUUUUCGUUUGGUGCUGGCUCGCGGCGCAGAUCCUGACUUCCAGGACACCAAUGGCAACACUGUGCUGCAUAUGCUGGUUAUCUAUGAAAAGCUGGAAAUGUUUGAUGUUGCUUAUGAAGUGGGUGGCAAUAUACAUUUGCGCAAUAUGCAAAAUCUCACGCCGCUGAUGUUGGCUGCCAAGCUGGGACGCGUGGAAAUGUUUUUCCAUGUCAUGAGCAUAGAGCGUGAAAUAUAUUGGCAGCUGGGCAGCAUUACCUGUGCAGCAUAUCCACUGCUUAUGAUUGAUACCAUUAAUCAGGAUACGGGCAAUAUAAACAAGGACUCUGUGCUCAAUUUUGUUGUGUUUGGUGAUAAGUUGGAGCAUUUGGAGCUGCUGGAUGGCGUCGUUAUUGAUUUGCUCAAGACCAAAUGGGAUACUUUCUGCAAAUCGCGCUUCUAUAAGCAAUUCUAUAUGUUUGCUUUUUACUUUCUUAUAUCGCUGUUUAGUUUUAUACUGCGUCCUGGACCGGAGGCUAAGGAUGAUGAUGAUGAGCAGGAGGAUGGCGCAGCAGCUAAUGCGAGUGCUCGUCAUGAUUUAUAUAUAAAUGGCUCGCUUAGUCAGCACACCAAGCGUGGCACUUCCAAUGUGGAAUAUAAAACAUUUUGGCUUAACUUUACGGAAUACUACGAUCCAAAUGAAGUGGAAACGCUGCCAGCUUGGUGGCAAAGCUAUGCGCAGUGUCCAUUGAUGAAUCUCGAAUCCGAUUUGGCCAAGCUGCGCAUUAUAGCUGAGCUUAUUAACUUUGUUGGCGCUAUUCUCUAUCUACUGGUGGCUCUUAGAGAGGCGCGAUUUUUGGGCUAUAAGAUGUUUAUUGAAAAUUUGAUGACUGCACCCUCGCGUGUGAUGUUUUUGUUCUCCUGCGCUUUGAUGAUGACCAUACCCUGGCUGCGUGUAUCCUGUGCUACAGAAAUUGAUGAUCAUGUAACAGUUGUUAUUAUGCUAACUACAGCGCCUUAUUUCUUGUUCUUUUGUCGUGGCUUUAAAACUGUUGGUCCUUUCGUUGUAAUGAUAUAUCGCAUGGUCAUGGGAGAUUUGCUGCGUUUCGUUUCCAUCUAUUUGGUGUUUGUCAUGGGCUUCUCGCAAGCUUUUUAUAUAAUAUUCCUAACCUUUGAUAAUCCCUCAACGCCUGAGGAUCAAGAUGCUGAAACCAAUCCCAUGCCCUCACCUAUGGAAUCCAUUGUUGCCAUGUUUUUGAUGUCAUUGACCAACUUUGGCGACUACUAUGGCGCCAUGGUGUCCACGCAGCACGAGUACGAGGCCAAGAUAUUGUUUUUUCUGUUCAUGACCAUAGUGAGUGUGCUGCUGGUGAACAUGUUGAUUGCCAUGAUGGGUAACACCUAUCAGAAAAUUGCUGAGAUACGCAACGAGUGGCAGCGUCAAUGGGCGCGCAUAGUGCUGGUGGUGGAGCGCAGUGUGCCGCCAGCGGAGCGGCUCAAGAACUUUAUGAACUACAGUCAGUCCAUGUCGGAUGGCAGGCGAGCGCUGGUGCUGCGACUCAACAUGACUGAUGAGGAGAAGGAAGAAAUGAAGGAAGUGCAGGAGACAAAGCGCAUACAUCAGCGCUUCUCCAAGAAGCGGCAAAUGGAGCGCGAGGCGCGCGCCCUGAGACGCCAGCAGGAGUAUGAAAAAUUCUUUGGCAGCGCACCCAAGAGCGCGGAUAGUUUGGAUAACCACCAAGUGUGAGUUCUAAUUAGUUCAAGUUUUAUUGAACCUCCCCC